AUGGCCCCAAAACCGCUUCCAUUCCCGGGCUUCACCCCGAUAUCUGAUCGUGUAUACAUUCGCAAUGGCCAGGAAAAGGCCAAACCAGCCCCAGCCGACGAGCCAACAACAAUUCUCAUCUCUGGCUGGGGCGACGGCAUGCCAAAACAUGUUACCAAAUAUUCCGACGGCUAUCAUGAGCUAUACCCAUCCGCACGAAUCAUCGUCGUCCUAUCGCGUACCUUGGAAGCCAGCAACCAGCCCGAGGAAGCCAGAAUCCAAGCCAUGAUGCCGGUCGUCGACACCAUCUUCCCAACGCCAACCGGUAGCGGAAAUGAGAAGGAACGUCUGCUCGUCCACGCCAUGUCAAAUACAGGGGCCAUCUUCGCUGCCGCUACCGUAAUGGCAUAUCAGCGCCGCCACGGCUCAGACAAGCCAUUCCCCCACCCGCUCAUGGUGUUGGAUUCCACUCCCGGAAGUCUCGACUUCGCGUCUCAGGUUACCAGGUGGUCGCGUGCUAUGGCGGUCGGCACGGCCAAAUUCUUCCCUUGGCCAUUCAUUGUCACCCAUGGUAUGUGGUAUGUUUUCCUUUGGGCGAACUACCUGCUGGGCCUCGUGCGCGGCGCAGUACCGUCGGGUGUGUGGGCGGACCGUAUCAUAAAUGAUCAGGCCUAUGUCACCACCGAUUCUAGCAGAGUUUACCUUUACUCCAAGGAAGAUGAUAUCAUUGGUUACAAAGAUCUGGAGGAGAAUGUUGCUCAUGCCAAGACAUUGGGAUACUCAGUUGAUCUUGAGAUGUUUGAGGGAUCCCCACAUGUCGGCCAUAUGAGACUUCAUCCUGAACAAUAUUGGAAUAAGAUUUCCAGUUCUUGGAAGCAAGCUAUUGAGAAAUAA